AUGCAAAACUAUGUCCAAAAUGUCAGAGCAGAUUGCAAGCUGUUCAUCACUGGUUACCAUGCCUCCACUACGGUUACUGUGACGGUGAACAAGGGUACGUUCCGGAAAGUGACGCCUGUUGGAGAAGGACAGACGGUGACCGUGCAGAUCCCAGCCUCGGUAGAGAUGUUUGGGAGCCAAACAUUUGAUAGCACCAUCCUGAUUCAGGCUGACAAAGACAUCUCUGUCCUGUCAGUUAACUCAAAGCCCAAUUCCAUCGAUACCACUGUAGUGUAUCCCAUUGAGAAGUUGGGUACUGUAUAUUACGUUGUAACUCCCCCUGGCAAAUAUGGAGGCAGCUACAAAGAGUUUGCUGUCGUAGCAGGGCAGGCUCCCACUACAGUUGAUAUUUACUUGAAAGGGGCUGUAAUGUUCAACCGGUGGAUGUAUGCUGCUGGGAGCAAACUCACUGUUGCCCUCGCUCCCUACCAAGCCUUGCAACUGCAAAGUGCUGCAGAUUUAUCUGGCACCAAAAUCGAGUCUCGGGAACAUGUGGCCGUCUUGACUGGGCACAGCUGUGCUGAACAAAACACCGUUUGUGAUCACGCUUUCGAGCAGCUCCUGCCCGUCUCCAGCUGGGGCAGCACAUACAUCGUCCCUCCUCUGUCCUUCCAGAACAAGUAUGACAUUGCGUACAUCGUCGCCUCCCAAAACACGCGCAUUGACUAUCAGUCAGGGCCCACACGAGCUUCCCGCAACAUAUUGGCCGGGCAGGUUGUUGAAUUUAAAGUCCGAGUCUCUCACCCACUUUACAUCUCUGCUAGCGCCGGCAUCCAGGUUCUUCUCUUCUUCACUGGUUCUAAAAAUGAGAAAUCCACAUAUGACCCAUUCCUCAUCAACAUCCCACCCGUCACGAACUACUGCCAAUCCUACCACAUUGAUGGGGUGAAGGAUUAUGAGAACUAUGUGCUGAUCAUAGUCAAGAGCUCAGAGUCCAGCAGGAUCAUCUCUGAUCAGAGAGCCAUAGGAAAUGUCCAGUGGAGGCAGAUCCCCGGCACGGAGUAUUCUUGGGGAGAGUACAACUUCGGCACAAAGAUUAGUACCCUUUCCAUACAGCACCCGACCUCUCCCUUCGGUCUGCUGAGCUUUGGAGGGAGGGCGCGCAGUGGAUAUGGCUCGGCUGGCCUUUGUGCACGCAGUAACCCGACCCUGUCCUGCAGCACUGUUCAAUGCAGGAAGAAGGAGACGUGUCAGAUUGUAGAUGGCCGCCCGGAGUGUGUGGCUGAGUCAGAAUCCACCUGCUGGGCCCAGGGAGACCCACAUUAUCACACCUUCGAUGGGCGGAAUUUCGACUUCAUGGGCACCUGCACCUACACCAUCGCCAAGACCUGUGGCUCAGACUCAACUCUCCCGUCGUUCAGUGUCAAGGCCAAGAACGACAACAGGGGCAACACGCGUGUUUCCUAUGUUGGUUAUGUGACGGUUGAAGUCUAUAAUGUCACCGUCUCAGUGGUCAGAGAUGAGACUGGAUUUGUGAGGGUGAAUGACCAGCGCUCCCGCCUUCCCAUCUCCCUGCUCGAGGGGAAGCUGAAGGUGUAUCAGAGUGGAGGUUCUGUGGUCAUUGAGACUGACUUCUCCCUGAGGGUCUCCUAUGACUGGAAGAGCUACCUGGUGGUGAAGAUCUCCAGCAGCUUCUCGGAGAGCAUGUGCGGCCUGUGUGGCAACUACAACGGGGAUGCCAGGGAUGACUUUGCCACCCCGGCCGGGACGCUGGCUGCCAGCCCCGUUGAGUUCGGGAAGAGCUGGAAGGUGAAGGACGGGGACAGGUUCUGCUGGGACGACUGCCACGGGGAAUGCAAGAGCUGCUCCCCAGAGCUGGUCAGCAGGUUCAAAGCUGAGCCCUUCUGCGGCUGGAUCACCAAAGAGGGGAGUGGCCCCUUCAGCCGGUGCCACUCCGUGAUUGACCCCAAAACCUACCUGGACAACUGCGUCUAUGACCUGUGCAUGAACGAUGGCCGCAAGGAGAUGCUGUGCUGGGCGCUGACAACCUAUGCUGAUGCCUGCCGGAGAGAGGGGGUGGCCAUCUCCGAGUGGAGGAUAUCAACAGGGUGCUCUCUGCCCUGCCCAGAGAACAGCCAGUAUAAGGCUUGCGGCUCUGCAUGUCCUGCCACCUGCAAUGACCAAGCGGCCCCUAACAACUGCUCUUCGCCCUGCGUGGAGACCUGCCAGUGCAAUGAGGGCUUCGUGCUGGAUGCUGGAAAAUGCAUCCCCAAGGCUGGAUGUGGGUGCGAGUUCCAGGGGCGUCUAUAUGCCCUUGGAGAGCAAUUCUGGGGGGACGGUGCCUGCACCAGACGGUGCCUCUGUGACCCCCAAACCAGGCAAGUGAGCUGCCAGGCCACAGGGUGCAGGACUGGGGAGCAGUGCCGGGUAGAGAAUGGCAUCCGGAACUGCUACCCCAGCAGCUACGGAACCUGCUCCGCUUCGGGGGAUCCUCACUACAUCAGCUUUGACGGGAAGAAGUUUGACUUCCAGGGCACCUGCCUGUAUCAGUUUGCCGGGAUGUGCAUCAAAAGCCAGGACCUGGUGGAUUUCCAGGUCCUAGUUCAGAACGACCAUCGGGGCAGCCAAGUUGUGUCCUUCACCAAAGUUGUGCAGGUCAAAGUCUAUGAGGUCGACAUUGUGAUCAGCAGGGAAAACCCUGGCAGAGUCAUGGUGAACAGCGUGCUGAUCAACCUACCAUAUAGCACCAACAACAGCAAGAUCUCCAUAUACCGGAGGGGGCAGGAAGCAGUGAUCCAGACUGACUUUGGUCUCACCGUCGCCUUUGACUGGCAGGGCCGGAUCACUGUCACUGCUCCAAGCACCUACGCUGGAGCCAUGUGCGGUCUCUGUGGGAACUUCAACGGAGACAAGGGAGAUGAGUUGACCACGAGGGGCGGCACAUUGGCCCCAAACCCAACGGCCUUUGGGCAGAGCUGGAAGGUGAAGGAUAUCCCCGGCUGUGUGGAGGUUGCCAAGGAUGAGUGCUCAGAUCUAGCAGCUGUUGAGAGACGCCAAAGAGGAAUGAAUGGGGAGUGUGGGAUCCUCCUAGACAAGAGCGGCCCCUUCCGAGAGUGUCACAGCAAAGUCGACCCUGAGGGCUACUUCCAAGACUGCGUGUACGAUUAUUGCUUAUUCAAAGGCCAACAAGCCGUGAUAUGCCAGCUUAUCACCAGCUAUACUGCAGCCUGCCAUGCUGCUGGGGUGACUAUAUAUGCCUGGAGGACCAACUCCUUCUGCAGUCUCUCCUGUGCCCAAAACAGCCACUACGAGGUCUGUGCCCGGGGCUGCCAGUCGACCUGCAGCAGCCUCUACGCCCCAGUUCAGUGCUCGGCCCAGUGCUGGGAAGGCUGCGUGUGUGAUGAGGGCUUUGUGCUCAGCGGUGAUGAGUGCGUCCCUAUAUCCCAGUGUGGAUGUGUCUACCUGGGAUUGUAUUAUAAGGCUGGGGAGACCUUCCACCCAACAUGCCAGGAGCAGUGUGUGUGCCAGGCCAGCGGAGAGGUGGUGUGUAAGGGGUUGACCUGCCGCUCUUAUGAGGAGUGCAAGCUGGUGAAUGGCAUCCGGAAAUGCCAGCCUGUCGGAUCCGCAACAUGCUCCGCAGCCGGGGACCCCCACUACCUCUCCUUCGAUGGGGUCGCCUUCGAUUUCCAAGGCACCUGCACCUACAUCCUGGCCAAGACCUGCACCAACACCGGGAACCUGACGUCCUUUGCCGUGAAGGUGGAUAAUGUGCCCUGGGGCAAUGGGAAGGUGUCUGUCACCAAGCUGGUGUCCGUGGAGGUCUACGGGCUCACGCUCACCCUGCUGCAGAACAAGAAGGGGCUUGUCAUGGUGGACGGGGUGUCCCACAACCUGCCUGUGGUCGUGGCUGAUGGGCAGCUCCAAGCAUAUCAGCACGGCGGGAACAUGCUGGUGCAAACGGACUUCGGCCUCACCGUGAGCUACGACCUGGUUUACCACGCCAGAGUCACCAUCCCAGGGAACUACCAGGGCCAGAUGUGCGGCCUGUGCGGGAACUACAACGGGCUUCGGUAUGACGAGUUCCUGCUCCCCAAUGGCAGGGCGGCCCUUAACAUGGCAGUGUUCGGUUCUGCCUGGAAAGUCCCGAUCCCGGGGGCGGCCUGUGAGGACGGAUGCGCCGGGAACAACUGCCCGGUCUGUGAGGAGAGGAAGAAGGAUGUCUUCAAACAGCGCAACUACUGCGGGCUGCUCACGGCCCGCGACGGCCCCUUCGCCGCCUGCCACAGCACAGUCAGCCCCACUGUGUAUUUCAACAACUGCCUGUAUGAUCUGUGCCUGGGCAACGGAGACUCCCAGGUCCUGUGCCAGAGCAUCCACAGCUAUGUGACGGCCUGCCAAGAGGCCCGGGUCACCAUCCAGCCCUGGAGGAGCACUUCCUUCUGUCCUCUGCGCUGCCCGGCCAACAGUCACUAUGAGGUGUGCGCCGACCUCUGCACCACCACCUGUGCCAGGAUCACUGACGCCAGGAAGUGCCCAGACACCUGCGCCGAAGGCUGCCAGUGCGAUGAUGGCUUCCUUUUCGAUGGCCAGGGCUGCGUGGCUCUACAGAGCUGUGGGUGCUUCAACAAGGGGAUAUAUUACAAGCCCAACAACACGGUCCUGAAGAACAAGUGCCAGCAAAGCUGCACCUGUAUUCCUUUCCAAGGAUUCACCUGUGAGGCCCACAGCUGUGCCAGUGAUGAAACCUGUGAGAUCAGAGAUGGAGUCAUGCAAUGUAUCAACAAAGAUCCUUGCAAAGUCCUGAAGUGCCGGACCAAGGAGACGUGCAAGAUUGAGAACGGCCGUGCAACGUGUGUUCCCAACUACACUGGAACCUGCUGGGGCUGGGGGGACCCACACUAUCACACCUUUGAUGGGCUGAAAUUUGACUUCCAGGGCACCUGCACCUACACCAUUGCCAAGUACUGUGGGACCGAUCCCACCUUGGUGCCCUUCACCAUCAAUGAGAAGAACGACAACAGGGGGGGCAACCAGGCUGUCUCCUACGUGCGUCUGACCAACAUCUAUGUCUACGGGUACAUCAUCUCCAUCUACAAGAAGGAAGUUGGGAAAAUCAGAAUCAAUGACGUGAUCACCAGCUUGCCGGUGACCCUUGAAGAUGGUAAAAUCAAGCUCUACCAGAGCGGUCUCAAUGCUAUCCUGCAGACAGACUUUGGUCUGCAGGUGUCAUAUGACUGGAAUUGGCACCUGAUCAUCACCCUCCCCAGCAGCUAUUAUGGGUCCAUGUGCGGCCUCUGUGGGGACUUCAACCAAAAACGUGGCGAUGACAUGACAUCACCCAAUGGCACCAGAGUCUCUUCCAUCGUGGAAUGGGCCAAGGGUUGGAAAGUCAAAGACCGGGACCCUUUCUGCUGGGAUGAUUGCAAAGGGAAAUGCCCAACGUGCGAUGAGAGCAAGCAGAAGAUCUACGGGGGCGACGAAUACUGUGGUUUGAUCAGCAAAGCACCGGGAGGGCCCUUCAGAGAGUGUCACCCCAAAGUGAGCCCUGAGGACAUUUUUGACAGCUGCAUCUACGACGUGUGUCUGAACGGGGGAGCCAAGAACAUCCUGUGCCAGGCGCUGGAGGUCUACGCAGCCAUCUGCAAGAAACAGGGCAUCACCGUCUAUGACUGGAGGACACCGUCCGGCUGUGGUGGAGGCAUGGGAGACAAAGAAAAUGACUGA